AUCGAGACAUUCGACCCCGCCAAUCCCGAGACCUGGGAGUCCUACGCGGAGCGGGUCGAGUUCUACCUAAGGGCCAACAAGGUCACCGACGCAGGCUCAAAGAGGGACGUUCUCCUGAGCAUCUGCGGGCCAGCCACGUUCGAGAUCGCCAAGGAUCUCUCGGCUCCCGCCCGCCUCACGGAGAAGUCCUACGAGGAGAUCAUCAGGCUCCUCACCGGCCAUUUCUCGCCACAGCCUUCGCGGGUGGCCCGUCGGUUCCUGUUCCACAGAAGAGACCAGGCCGUGGGGGAAUUGGCCGCCAAUUACCUGGCGGCUCUCCGCAAGAUCGCCGGGAACUGCAAAGUGGCAGUCCUCAUCGAAGGGAACCCCUGCCAAAUGGAGGUGGACUCAGGUUCCUCCAUUUCCCUCAUAGCGGAGGAGACCCUGAGGGAACUGUGCCCCCGGCAGCGGCUGCAACUACCGCCGGCGAACUUCAUACUCCGGGACUUUCAGAAGAACCCGGUGCAAGUUGCGGGGUGGGCGCGAGUGCAAGUCGAGAGGGGGUCCUUCUACGGGCCGCUGGACAUCCUGGUGGUAAAGCGCCAACUUGCCACCCUGCUAGGGCUGGAUUGGUUCAAACCCUUGGGAAUACGCGUGGAGGGGGUGGGGCAAACCUUAACGCCCAGCGGGUUCGGGGAGAUUUGCAAAGAGUUCCCCGAAGUAUUCGACGGGUCCCUGGGAAGCUACAAGGGGCCGGCCAUCUCACUACCCCUAGACCCCACGGUCAGGCCGAUUCGGCUCAAGGCGAGGAGGGUCCCGUUCGCUUUAAAGCCAAAAAUAGAGGCCGAACUAGACCGCCUCACAGCCCAGGGAGUCCUGGAGCCUGUGGACUAUGCCACCUGGGAGACCCCCAUCGUAACCCCCAUCAAGCCAAACGGGGAGGUGCGGAUCUGUGCAGACUAUAAAUGCACGAUAAACAAGGCACUGCAGGAUAACCCCUACCCAGUGCCGGUGGUAAGCCACGUUCUGGCUGCCCUAGCGGGGUCCAAGAUCUUCGGGAAGCUGGACCUGGCACAGGCCUACCAACAGCUCCCGGUAGAUGCUAAGACGGCGGAAGCCCAAACGAUAGUGACACACAGGGGGGCCUUCAGGGUGAGGAGGCUCCAAUUCGGGGUUAGCGUCGCUCCCGGGAUCUUCCAGAGUAUAAUGGACGCUCUCCUGAAAGGGAUCCCGGGAGUUCAGCCGUUUUUUGAUGACGUGCUAGUCGCCGCCCCGGACCCCGAAGAAUUCGGCAACCGCCUAAGAGAGGUGCUCCGCCGGUUCCAGGCUGCGGGGCUCAAGGUCAAGAGGGAGAAGUGCCUGCUGGGGGUUCCGCGGGUGGAGUUCCUGGGGUUCGCCGUGGAUGCAGCGGGAAUCCACCCCACGGAAGAAAAGACACGGGCCAUCGUGCAAGCUCUGGCCCCCACCUGCAAAGCGGAGCUACAAAGCUUCUUGGGGGUCCUUAACUUUUAUCACUCAUUCCUCCCCCACAAGGCAGCCCUAGACGUUCUGGUGUCCAACGCGGUGCUCCACCAUUUUGACGAGGGCCUCCCCGUCAUCUUGGCUUGCGAUGCGUCGCCGUAUGGGGUGGGAGCAGUCCUGGGGCACCAACUCCCGGACGGGAGGGAGGUGCCGGUAGCGUACUACUCCCGCACACUGACACCGGCAGAGCGCAAUUACGCGCAAAUAGACAAGGAGGCUCUGGCGAUCGUGGCGGGGGUCCGCAAGUUCCAUGAGUAUCUGUACGGGCGGAGGUUCACCAUAGCCACGGACCACAAGCCCCUCUUAGGUCUGCUGGCCCCAGAUCGACAAACCCCCCAAAUCCUGUCACAGCGCGUGUUGAGGUGGAAUCAAUUCCUCAACUCCUACACCUACACACUGGUACACCGGGCCGGCAAGGCUAUGGGUCACGCUGACGUCAGGGGGGAAGAACUAGCGGCCCACAAGGGGUGCCUACUAUGGGGUAGUAGGGUGGUGAUUCCGCCCCCGCUGCAAAGACGCGUUCUAGAAUCCCUCCAUGAGACCCACCCUGGCAUAGUGCGUAUGAAGGCCCUGGCCAGAAGCUACGUCUGGUGGCCGGGAAUGGACGGGGAAAUAGAGAGUUGGGUCCGCAGGUGCCAGACGUGCCAGGAGUCGCGGCCCGAGCCUCCCAGCGCCCCCGCGACUAGGUGGGAGUCCACCAGGAAACCAUGGUCAAGACUCCACCUCGACUUCGCGGGGCCAUUCCAGGGGCAGAUCUUCAUGAUAAUUGUGGACGCCUACACCAAAUGGCUCGAGGUCAUCUCCGUAGGGUCCACCUCGUCCGCAGCCGCAAUCCGAGCAUUACGCAGGGUCUUAAGCACACACGGUAUCCCGGACACCAUAGUCUCGGACAACGGGACCGCUUUCACGUCCGCAGACUUCCAGGCGUUCCUCCAGCGAUACCUUAUUAGGCACAUAAGGUCGGCCCCCUUCCACCCAGCCACCAACGGUCAGGCAGAGCGGAUGGUCCGCACCACCAAGGAAGCCCUGGGCCGUAUUGUACAGGGAGACUGGGACCACCGAUUAGCGGCAUUCCUAUUCGACAAUAGGAUCACCCCCAACCCGGUCACCGGGGUUAGCCCGGCCGAGCUCCUCAUGGGACGA